AACCAAGACUGCGCCGCAGAGGCGCAACCAAAGCCCCUUGUACCGCGGACGCAGCGUCAACGCGCAGCCGACGCACUGUGGAUUUACUUAAAACUUGCAUGGGGGAAACUCAGAGGCGUCAUUUCUUUUAUUUCCGUCAUCUGCCUCUGCUGGAGACGAACUGGCAACUGGAAUGGAACUGAAUCUGUCAAAGAAUGUGAUUUCCUGUGGGGACUCAGGUGGGAUGAAUUUGGACAGACUCGCAGACGCAGUGAGAGCGCCGCCGCCCCGCGACGUGGCCCCCGCGUUUCAUAUACCGAGAACGUCGAACAGCAGCCGAGAAACGUUAGAGAACUCAAGCAGCGAGUCUUCAGACACAGAGUUGGCAGAAAAGGAGAGGAAUGCUGAACACAGGAGCGACGACGGGAACGCGGAGGACCCCAAGAAGAAGAAGCAGCGGCGGCAGCGGACGCACUUCACCAGCCAGCAGCUGCAGGAGCUGGAGGCCACGUUCCAGAGGAACCGCUACCCGGACAUGAGCACCAGGGAGGAGAUCGCGGUGUGGACCAACCUGACGGAGGCCAGGGUCCGGGUGUGGUUCAAGAACCGCCGGGCCAAGUGGAGGAAGCGGGAGCGGAACCAGCAGAUGGACCUGUGCAAGAACAGCUACCUGCCGCAGUUCAGCGGCCUCAUGCAGCCGUAUGACGACAUGUACCCGGCCUACACCUACAACAACUGGACCAACAAGGGCCUCCCCCCGGCGCCGCUCUCCACCAAGAACUUCACCUUCUUCAACUCCAUGAGCCCGCUCACCUCCCAGUCCAUGUUCUCCGCGCCCAACUCCAUCUCCUCCAUGACCAUGGCCUCCGGGAUGGGCCACUCCGCCGUGCCGGGCAUGCCCACCCCGGGGUUGAACAACAUCAGCAACCUCAACGGCAUCGGCACGUCGGGCAUCAACUCGGCCAUGUCGUCGUCCGCGUGCCCGUACGGAGCUCCCGGUUCGCCGUACAGCGUUUACCGGGACACGUGCAACUCGAGCCUGGCCACGCUCAGACUCAAAUCCAAGCAGCACCCGACGUUCGGAUACAGCGGCCUGCAGAGCCCCGGGUCCAGCCUGAACGCCUGCCAGUACAACAGCUGACGGGACAGAGGCCACGUCUGAAAUGACAAAUCUAGAUAUGAGAACGAACACCGCCUGCGGAGUGAACGCAAAGACAACUAAACUGGAUUCGUUGCGUUUUGGAAAAGGAAAAAGGAUUAUGCGGGUUUUAUGUUGUUUACCAGUGAACUUGCACAACAAUUGAAAUGUCCAGGUUUUUUGGAUUUUUUUGAGAUGAAGACAUGUUACAUUGAUGCGUUGUACAUAAAUGUGUAGAUAUAUACAGGAGCCUAACGUAUGAAGCAGACCAUGGGGAUCCUGCUCCUUUUCCGCGCGCUUACUCGCUUUUCCCAUUUGACCAAAAUAAGGAUGUGCAAGAAAAAAAAUUAAGUGUCGAGACUCCGAGAACACAAUUUUGCUUUCCUUGUACAUAUUUUAUACCGCUUCUGUGUGCUUUCUCUCUACGCCUAUGCAGGGUGCACGGCCCGUCUAACUCCUGCUCAAUGACUUUGGAACCUUUUCAUUUUGUUUGCUGACAUAGGAAAAAAAUGCAUGUUUAACUUGAGUGCAACGUGUUUUGUAAAACUGUAAAACUUUGCAGAAGUAAGUUCAUUAGCCUCCACUGUAUACAACAAGGUGAUUCAGAGUCCUCGUGUUUAUGGUAACUGUUUGUUUGAAUAAACUCCAGGAAAAGGUUUA